AUGAUUAGUAGUUGUGACACAUGCCAAAUAUUUCGAAAUAAACAAUGCAAAGAGACUUUGAUUCAGCAUGAGGUUCCUAGUGAGGCCUGGGUGAAGGUGGGUACUGAUCUCUUUACUCUCUUUAAUAAACUCUUUCUUGUCAUCGUAGAUUACACUAGCAAAUAUUUCGAAGUGGUUCAACUUCCUAAUGGCAAAGCAUCAACCGUCAUCAAUUUUACGAAAGGCAUAUUUUCCCGUCAUGGAAUUUCAGCCGAAGUUGUUAGCGAUAAUGGGCCACAAUACUCGUCAUUCGAAUUUAAACGUUUUGCAAGACAAUGGGAUUUCAAGCAUACAACUUCCAGCCCUAAGUUCCCACAAAGCAACAGCCUGGUGGAAAGGACGAUACAAACAAUAAAACGAACAUUUCGAAAAUGCAAAUCUGAUGGUUCUGAUCCUCACCUCGCGCUAUUGGCAUUGCGUACCUCAGUCAAUAGUGCUAACUCGUCUGCUGCUUACUCACUCAUGAAACGGAACCUACGAACAUUGAUUCCAACUGUGAAUUCAACAAAAAGUCAAUAUGACAAACAUAUUUGA